GGCGCAUUUCUUCAGUUGUGUUUUUUGUUUCGCUUGGCCUUUUAUCAAACGCCUUUUGGCUAAUGGUCCGCAGUCCGGUCGCGUUAUCACGGAAUUGACGAGGCUGAUGCGUCACCUGUGCGUGGGCUGCAUCCGGACACCAUGAACUACUCCUACUCAGCGCUGUCGCCCGGCGGCGGAGGAUUCGGAGGAGUAGACCAGCACAACCGAUGCUGCGGGAACAAGGCCUGGUGUGUCAAGGACAUCUGCGGCAUCGUCUGCGUUGUGAUGACCUGGCUGCUCAUCCUCUUCGCCGAGUUCGUGGUCAUGCGCCUGAUCCUCCUGCCCAGCAAUUACACGGUCUUCAGCACCAUCAACAUGGUCGUAUUCCAGGCGCUCGCCUUCCUCGCCUUUGCCUCGCACAUUCGCACAAUGCUCUCGGAUCCGGGCGCUGUACCCCGGGGCAAUGCCACUAAGGAGAUGAUCGAGCAAAUGGGCUACCGCGAGGGUCAGAUGUUCUACAAGUGCCCGAAGUGCUGCAGCAUUAAACCAGAGCGAGCCCAUCACUGCUCCGUUUGCCAGCGAUGCAUCCGCAAGAUGGACCACCACUGUCCGUGGGUCAACAAUUGCGUGGGCGAGAACAACCAGAAGUACUUUGUGCUCUUUACCUUCUAUAUAGCUUCGAUCUCUGUGCACACGCUCUUCCUAGUGCUCACCCAGUUCGCGGAGUGCGUGAAAAACGACUGGCGCACCUGCUCGCCGUACUCUCCGCCGGCCACUAUUUUCCUGCUGCUCUUUCUCACCUUUGAGGGCUUGAUGUUCGGCAUUUUCACCAUCAUCAUGCUGGCCACUCAGCUGACGGCCAUCCUAAACGAUCAGACGGGCAUUGAGCAGCUGAAGAAGGAGGAAGCCCGCUGGGCCAAGAAGUCACGUCUCAAGAGCAUCCAGUCGGUGUUUGGACGCUUUUCGCUGGCCUGGUUUUCGCCAUUCACGGAACCCUCGUGCCGCACAAGAUUCAACUCGCACUUCUACUCGGUCUGAGGAGGUGACUGGGAGCACGGACUAGCUUAAUCGAACAAUACUAACCAACAAACCAACUAACGUACAAGGGCAACAAGUAGCCGCCACUUGUUGCACCGCUGAGUGCAAUUUUUUAUUUGGCAAUUGCUACUUUUCGAUCAAUUGUCAACUAUAUUUACUAGAAUUGUAUGUAUGUGUGUGUGUUUAGGCCUAAGCAAAGGGAUUAAACACUCAUUGCCUUAGCCAGUACUUACCUGAGAGCCCUACUAAAUGAAA